AUAGCAUUAGCGGCCGGUUGAAACAUACGCGGGCAGCUAUAGGUUAGUUGUUGAAAUUACUUGUGUGGCUUUUCGGUGCAGUUCAGCAAAGUAGAGUUAAUUGUAAAGUUCAAAGCAGUUCGGAUUCCAUUGCUAAAAAGUUCAAUGUGUUGUUUUUGAAUCCACAUUUGAUUGGAGUUACCUCUAGGAAUAAAAAUGAGCUGUUCUGGCCGCUGUGGAACUGUGUGCGGUUAAUUGAUUUAUUUCACUACAUUCCACGAGGAUAUAAUCUCCUUACUGAACACAUGCUCGGAUCUAUGUAUUUGCCAUCACACACCACAAUAGGAAUUAAUUAGAAGAUUAAAUCUGAACAGUGCUACAUCGGAACAGAUUGCAACAUGAAGCUUCUUCUAAUUCUUAUGCAAAUUGUCAGUCUAGUCAGAAUAAACCGUGCAAAUACACUGAUGUCGGCGGUACUCGAUGAUAAUCUUGGCAUGGAUGACAUGAUCAACCGAAGACCUUCCUUUGAGGAGUACGAACAUAAUCGCAAACAGUUCAUAGAAGAGGAAGAAGGACGAUUCCUUGGUGCAGACCUAAAUUUAUCGACCGAAGAACAGAUCGUCAACGAGUAUGCAAUGAAACUUAAACGGGCAGAACUUGAGCAAGGAUUCAACGACAGUUACAAGUUCAUUCCGGCACGACACUUCUUUGAAGUGUUAGAACGGUUCAAUGAAUCAAAAUUGUUCCAGUUAAUUCAAAAACUGCCCAAAGGUGCCGUACUGCAUGCUCACGAUACCGCGAUUGGAAGCACAGAGCUGAUUGUGAAUGCCACCUACAGUGAGAAUUUGUGGCAGAGGGGUGACUUCGAAGGAGAUACUACUGGACUACUAUUCGAAUUUUCUAAAGAAGCUCCUUGUGGAGACGGCUGGAAACUUGUGUCCGAUGUUAGAAGCGCAAUGUCAGCUGAAGUCUAUGACGAGAAAAUUCGGAAAAUGUUUGGCUUGUACACCGAAAAUCCAAUCAGUACAUACAAAAGCAUUAACGACGUUUGGGGAAAAUUUCAAGAAAUAUUCAAUUUGUUGUAUCCAAUCAUUAAUUACGAGCCGGUCUGGAGGCAGUAUUUUUAUGACUGUUUGGAACAAUUAUAUGAUGAUAAUGUUCAAUAUUUGGAGAUCCGUGGAGUUCUACCACCAGUAUAUGACUUAUCUGGAAAAAUAUACUCACCGGAAGAAAUUAUUCAAAUCUACAUCAACGAAACAGAAAGGUUCAAGCAAUCACACCCGCAAUUCAUCGGAGUAAAAAUAAUUUAUGCUCCUGUUCGUUUCGCCAAUGACACCACAUUCGAUGGAUACUUAGAAACUGUCAGAGAUUUACAUCAAAAGUUCCCAAAUUUCUUGGCAGGUUUCGAUCUGGUCGGUCAAGAAGACACCGGAAGACCGCUGAUAGAUUUCGUUCCCCAACUACUGACUCUACCGGAUUCGAUUCGAUUUUUCUUUCACGCAGGUGAAACUAACUGGUAUGGAAUGCGAACCGAUCGUAAUCUGAUUGACGCCAUCCUGCUGGGAACCCAACGCAUAGGCCAUGGGUUCGCUCUGCUCAAACAUCCCAACCUGAUGAAGAUUGUAAAACGAAGACAAAUCUGUGUCGAAAUCAACCCCAUCUCAAACCAGGUUCUGAAACUGGUCGAUGACUACCGAAACCAUCCGGCGGUGGUGUUCUUCUCCGACAACUAUCCGGUGGUAGUAUCCUCGGACGAUCCAUCCUUCUGGCGAGCGAGUCCGCUGAGUCAUGAUUUUUAUAUGGCUUUCGUGGGAAUCGCUUCGGCACAUCACGAUCUGCGAUUGCUGAAGCGACUAGCCAUGAACUCGCUGGAGUUCAGUGCCAUGAAUCAAACCGAGAAAGAUGCUGCCAAACGCUUGUGGAAGAGCUCUUGGCAUAAUACGAUAAAAGAAUUGGCUAAGGAAAUUGCAAGUUUUGAAACUGCGUAGUUAUGUCUGGUGAUCGAAAUAAAGAAGUAUGAGUUAGGCGAA